CGUCCGCCACGGCGCACCUUUCCAUCUCAACAUCGACAGUCAAUGCCUCUUUCUCGUGAGUUGACCUCGCAGUUCGACACGGGCAACAUCAAUAUCCCCCGCAUGGACUACAUAGUUGAAAGCGCCACUAGUGGCAUUUCGACCUCGAGAUCGGUUGUUGCUUCUAUUUUGGCAACACCUGCGGAAACGCACGCUACGCGGCCCCGCCCGCCCGCCUCUGGGGAGACAGUCGACGGCCGAAAGUGCCACAAGGCGAUCCAAUCAGUCACAACCAACCACGCUCCAGGACCUGGCACAGCGGAGAGCAUGGCUGGCACAGCCCCCUCUAUUGGCCGGCCUCUGCGUAUCUACUACCACCCAGAGAUCCAACGAGCCCGCCACCAAGCAAGCUCAAUGCUUGCAUUAGGACACAUUGGAGCAUGGCAUGGCAUAUCAACUGCGGCACGGCAACAUCGUCCAAACUCAUGCACAAGAUGGCGCGCCCGGUUACAUGUUUCGACAAUUGAAUUAUCGCAGACAGAACGAGCCCUCUUGCGGCGAAUAGCACACGUGUCUGUGCUCCUCCGAGGUACGGUCCGGCUUCGAGCAUGAAGAGAUCAGAUUAGGAAUGCUGCAGUCGUAGUCCUGAAGCUGGAAGCGGGAAAGACCUCGGAGCAGCAUACAGGCGCUUCUGGGUGUCAAAGCGUGAUUUCAAAAACGGCACCGGCCACUCCCAGACUACAUUGGCCGUUCCUGAAUGCACAAGAGCCCUGCAAUAUCCCAAAUUAGACGAUGUGGCAUGGUGGCUUGAAUCGGAUGCAAGAAGUGGUGGUCCCCAUGAGCCCCCUCGGCUGGCGUCUAGCAACCAAUGCAAGCGACCAACGGGCCAGAGCAUUGGAAUGAGGCUCACCAACAUAUCAGUCAACAGGUCAAAGGAUCUUGCUGAGCACGCACAAUGUUGAGUUGCGAGCAUAUUGUGACCAAGGUGCACGCGAGUGGCCUGACAUUUCGU